AUGUCAAAAGCGUAAGUUGUUAUACCUUGUCUAUUACUCGUUAUAACUUCGGUACACUGUAGUCAAAGAAUUGCCUUGAGUUACUGUAAUUAUAAAUUUGGUCGGGUAACAUACAGUAACUAAAUUUUUAAGCUUAAAGGUGCCCUUUUUACUAUUUUUAAAAAAAAAGUUGCAUUUUUAAAUUAUAAAGUAUUUUAGCGUUAUCAUCGCUCUUUUGGUUGUCCUCUGCCUUGGAAUGGUAGCUGAAGUCGCUCAAGCUCAAUACGUAAGUGUCUAAGCCUGCUGAGCCUACGCCUCCUAAACUUAAUCUUAUUAAGCCUAAGGCUCUUAAGCCUACUUAGCCCAAGCUUACAACCUAAGCCUUCUUAGUCUAGCACUAUUUAGUCUAAGCCUACUAAGCCUAAGCUCACUAAGCCUAAGCCUACUAAGCCUAAGCCUACUAAGCCUAAGCCUACUAAGCAUUAGCCUACUGAACCUAAGCUUGCUAAGCCUAAAUUUGCUAAGUCUGAACCUCGAUCUCUAACUAAAUAAAUCUCAAUUUUUAUCUUGCAGUACUACGGAGGCUACUACCCAGCCUACGGCUACUACUACGGUAAACGUUCGGCCGGUUUUGGAGCUCAAGAAAACACCUUUAACCAUGCUCGCUCGUUUGGCCGAUACCCACAACAAGAGUACCAAUUCUAA